AUUGAGAUAAUAUUGUGAUGAUUUCACUUUCUAGUUAGAAACUAUAAGCUUUGUUGUUUUCAGUAUUCCCUUUACUGAAUCCAGAAAUCUAUUGCACAAGCGUCGAACAAAAAUUAACUCUGGAAAGCCUGUUCAGGCAUUAUGUUUAUCUGCUCCCAAAAAAAAUUUCAAUAAGAUCUGGAUAAUCAUCUGUCGAAUAACCUCUUGAAACGGAAGGCAACUGCAAGCAGUAUGCCCGAAACCUGCUAAGAAGGGUUCUAGAUCUAUUUGAGUUGAUGUAUUAGAAAGAAGUCCGAACAAGGUCGACGACAAGAACUGAUCAGGAUAUCAAGAAAGGUUUACCAAUAGAAAAAACCAAACGAAAAAAGUUUAUUCUUCGAAACUAUAACUUUCAAAUGGGAGCAAAACAGAAGAAACGGCAGUAGCAACUUCGAUCUCUAAGUCAGCUUUUCGAAAAAUUUCUAAUUUCGUUAUUUCCUAAGCAUAAAUGUAAACACCUGUUAAACGAAAUAUGGUGUGUACGGCAGCAAACACGAUAGGAGAAAAAUGUAAAAAGAAAGCCCAACGACAACUCAAGUAUCAAAAUAAAAUCAGCUGAAACUGUCGUUAUGAUUUUUCGUUAAAAUUUGAUUUAUAAAAAAUCAAUAAACGAUGUACGCAAGUUACGAUCGCAAUCGCAAAUUCUCAGUCAAUGUUGGCGAUAUAUUAGACGACGUAACCAAUCAGUUCAAGGGUAAAUAUGAGCUGAGCGUGUUAAGGGAACAUUGUCGCAAAUAUGACGUGGAAAAGAUUUAUCAAACCUACAUGGCGCGGCUGCUAAGAAUACAAUUAAUCACAUUCUUGACGAUAGUCAUCAUCAUUACGGCCAUCUAUUGCGUGCUCUUGAUCGAUUCUGAUAUGGCGAUGCUUGACAUACCAAUCUAUGUGAUAUUCUCGAUUCUGGCUAUCGUGGCCAUAUAUAUUGGCAUAUGGAAGAGGGCGAUUGCGAAAUUUGCUUGGGUUAUUUACGUAGCUGUUCUAUCCAUAAUAUUUAUUAUGAUAAUGGAUAUCACUGUUCCCGUAGUGCACGCCGUCUCCUUUUACGAGAUCACUAUACCGCUAUUCUACAGUUUCAUUAUUUAUUCCAUUUACAUUUAUAUGCCGUUUACUAAUCACCUUUAUCCUUUCAUUUUGGGCGUUUCAAUAUCAUUGUGUUAUAUUAUAUUAUUUCUGUCGAUAACAUAUCGCAUGAAAGUUGAUGGCAGUACGAAUAUGGAUGAAGAAAAAAUUAUAUCAGAAAUCUUGUUUAUGGUGGGACUCAAUCUAUUGGGCUUAUUUUUUCGUCUACCACGUGAGAUGGUGGUACGACAAACCUUUAUAGACAAACGGGAAUGCGUUGAAGAAGAUCUGCUGUUGCAUGCUGCCAAGACACAGGAGAAAAUAUUACUGCUAAGCAUGAUACCUGGACCAAUUGCUGAUAAAAUAGAGGAGGACAUAAAAUUGCGACUCACGCGGACGAGCUUAACUUCACGCAGACGUUCAUCGUUUCAGCGAGAAGCGGAACUACUAUAUAGAAAACUCUUUAUUGAAACGCACGACGAUGUGACAAUACUCUAUGCGGAUAUGGUCAACUAUACGAAGCUAACAACAACGGUGGAUGUGAAGACACUUGUAGAAACACUACACGAUCUCUAUGUCAGAUUCGACGAUGCAGCGUUGGACUUGGAUGUUCUAAGAAUACAAUUCUUGGGAGAUUGCUAUUACUGCGUGGCAAAUGUUUCGAUACCGAAUGAAGAUCACGGUAAUGCUUGUGUGCGCCUCGGUUUACGUAUGAUAGAGGAGAUACAUGCGGAGAGAGAUAAUAGAGACCUGGAAAUGGAUAUACGUAUUGGCGUGCACUCGGGCAGCGUACUAUCGGGUGUUAUUGGCGCCACGAAAUGGAAAUUCGAUAUUUACUCGAAAGAUGUUGAGAUCGCAAAUCGUUUGGAGAGUACCGGUGUACCGGGACGUGUGCACAUAAGUGGUGAAACACUGGAACUGUUGGAUAAUGAAUUCGAAUAUGAAGAUGGUACCACGAAAGCACUCAAUGAUCCGCUAUUACAACAACACAGCAUACGUACAUAUCUUAUUAUACCGCCGAAAGCUUACAAAGGCAAACAGACGGUCUCAAAUCCCACGUUAAUGAGUAAAUUUUCGUUUCUGAAGGGCUCACCGCUGGGAUCUGCGUCGGAUCUGAGAACUGUUUAUUCCGGUGAUAUAAUACAAAGAAUGGUAGAUAUGGAGAUGCGACGAGAGAGUACAAGCAUUCCGGUCGAAACUUUACAAUUUCAUCGCAUAUUCUUUGGAAAAUCGCGACAUCUUACACGUUUCGAGAGAGAAGAGCAUAAUUUCCGUGUGAAUUUCUCCUGGUGGUUUAUGUGUUUCAAAAACUGGCGCUGGGAACACAACUACCUGAUACAACCAGAUAUUAAGCUAAAAUACAGUGUGCUUGUUUCAUAUAUAAUUAUCUUAUGCACGAUUUUCAUGCAGGCCAUCAAUGCCAGACAAAGCAUAAAAUUUUGGCUCUUGGUAGCUGUUGGAAAUGUAGUGAUGCUGUUGGUGUUAGGCUUGGUCUGGUACAAGAAACUGCGGGAAGUAUUUCAAAAAAAUUGGUUCUUCAUAAAACCGCGCAAUAAAUACAGUCGUUUUAUUUACGGUCUGUCCGAAUUUACACAAAGGGAGUUUAGUGUGCGCAUCUGCAUUUAUUUGGGCAUUUUAAUACUACAGUUGAGUUAUACGCUAAUACAAUUGAUUGCGAUCGCUUUCGUAUUGAAAAUGAGGAAAUCGAAAAUCUACUCUUUGAGGAUGGCACCAAGGAUAUACUGUGUUUCAACACCUGGGUGCAUGCUUUUUGGUCUAAUAUUAAAUUAUAAUUAUUUUGUUAAUUAUUUCCAUAUUUUGCAGGCUGUCACGGAGUGCAUUGUUAUGAAUCUAUUUCUAAAUUUUCUAUUCUCCGGCAUUACCUACAUUAUCAAAAUAGCUAUUGGCCUGCUUACACUCAUUAGUUACAUAAUUGUCAUAACUGUGUUGUAUGAUUUUGUCUACGAACGCAGUCUGAGUUGUAAUAGUCACCUCUAUCCAGAAUAUUCGCAUAUAUUUGUCUCCAUACUGACACUGAUCAUAUUUAAUAUGAUUAAUCGACAGAAAGAGUUCAUCUCGCGUGUGGAUUAUUAUUGGAAGCGUGAGCUAAAGAAGAAACAAGAAAACGCUAGGCUAACAAAUGAGACGAUUUCCCGUUUGGUCAGUAAUAUUUUGCCAUCGCAUAUAGUGGACAUUUAUAUGGACAAUCAGCUGACCAACAAGCUCUACUACGAAGAAUACUCCAAUGUGGCUGUGAUCUUUGCGACCAUUUUGAAUUUCAACAUUGAAGUUGUUGGUAUGCGUGUAUUGAACGAAAUAAUUUGCGAUUUCGAUGAAGUGCUAGGCACAUUCAAAGGCGUGCAUAAAAUUGAAAAAAUCAAAGUGGCCGGUUGGACGUAUAUGGCGGCAUGUGGCCUAAAUACCACCGGCACAGGGCAUAGGGGGUCGCUGGAACAGCGCUCUAGCGCAGUCUCAUUCGCAUUCAAUUGGCGGCGUGAUCAGUUGGCCAAUAGACAGGCGGCCAUUAGCGAGCUAUAUGUUGCGGAUGUUGCGGAUGUUGAGGAAAAGUCUACAACCAACGUGCCAAGACGUCGUUCGGUGCGUAUGUUCAAUGAUGGCGAAGAGCCAAUCACCGAUGAUGAUGUGGUUUAUGUGAUGGCGCGCUUUGGUUUAAGUCUGUUGCGUACAAUGGACAAUUUUAACAAAAACAAUUAUUAUCACGACAAUGAUAGUCAAGUAAUUGGUGAUUUACGUGUUGGUAUAGCGAAUGGUCCCGUUAUGGCCGGUGUUGUUGGCCUGUUUAAACCACAUUAUGAUAUCUGGGGCAAUUCUGUGAAUAUGGCCGCGCGCAUGGACUCAACUGGCGUGGCUAAUUCAAUACAAGUGACUGAAGAAACUGCCAAAAUAUUGACUCUGCACGACAUACAUUGUAUCUAUAGAGGUGUUACAUAUAUUAAAGGACGCGGCUCCAUACCGACAUAUUUCUUGGAUAUUGAUGAAAAUUUUCAAUUUAGAAAGUUUUCAUUAGACGGCACUGAGUUGGAUCCAUGAUAAUAAUUUGUAAUAUAUUAUAUAAUAUAAUUAUGAUUAUAAGCUAAUGUGAAAUAAAAAUCUAUUUAUUUAAAU